AUGGUCCACGACCAGCUGGUCGACGACAGGGCCGAGCCGCUCCUCCCGGCCGAAGAAGCGGGCAAGCUCCGUUCCGCGCUACGCAUCGACCUCUCCGUGGGAUGCUCCCGCGGCGGAGUGCUCCAGCCGUGCCGCCGCAAGCACGAGCCGCCCAGUCGUGAGGCGCGAGCGCAGCUGCCGCUCGGGCCGAACGAGCACGCGACCGAGGGCGAUAUCUGCGACAUGUACGCGCGGUUGGGCUGGGACGAGCGAGACCAGCUCGGCGCCGUCCUCGUGCUCAAGCUUGCGCUCUCGCUGACCGCCUCGGGCAUGCCAACCUACACCGCCGAGCCGCUCCUCCGCACCGUCGCUGCCGCCGCGAACCUCCCUCACUGCCACCUGCUGCUCGGGAUGCGCUCGCUGCAAAUCUCGUUCGGCGGCGGGCCGGUGCACGUCCUCUCCUCGCGUCAGGGAAAGGUGCUGCACCGUCUCUCCGACCUCCACUGCCUCACCCUCGCCGUCGCCGUCGCCGUCGAGCCCGCCACUCUGAUGGCCCUCCAAGCUGUGGACGCGAUCAACCGCCGCCGCUCGCCCUUUGGCUGGGCGAUCGAGGCCCUCGCUUACCACGGCUUUGCGUGCGCCGCCGCGCCCGCCAUCUUUGGAGGCGGCCUCGGCGAUUUUGCCGUCGUCGCGCUCGCCUCUGUCCCUGUGCGGCUGACCCUCGCGGCGUGCGGAGCGCUGCCGCAGCUCUCCGCGCUCAGCGACCUGCUCCUCCCCAUCGUCGCCGGCGUCGCCGCGCCUUCGCUCUGCGCGCUCUUCGAGCUCGACGCGUGCCACGCGGCGACGGCGACGCUCUCGCUGCUCCUCUUCGAGCUGCCCGGCUCGGAGCUGCUCUUCGGCGCGACCGAGCUCAAGCGCGGCAACCUCGUGGGGGCGACGCGGCUCGUCCACGCCGUGGUGCUCACCAUGUUCAUGGCCGUCGCCCUCGCCCUCGGCUGGUGCCUCGCCGCCCUGCCGAUCUCGCGGCUCGCGCCGAGCCCGCCACCCAACCCGUGGCUGCCGGCGGCGGCGCCGUGCAGCGGCGGCGCCACCGCCGAGCUGUGGCCCGCCCUCCUCCAGAACGGGCUGCAGCUUCUGCCGCUGGAGGUGAGCUUCUUCGUGCUGCUCGGCGUCAGCGUGCGGGAGAUGCCCUCCGCCGCCGGCUUGCUGCUGCUCACGAUGCUGCUCCAGUUCUUCCUCUCCCACUCGGCGCUGCCUCUUCCGGGGCCGGUGUCCAACGCGGCAACGCUCUUUGUCGGCACCGCGCUGGGCUGCGCCCACGAGUACGUCCACGGCACGUCGCACCUGAUCGUGCUGCUGCCCACCAUUGUGCUCCUCGCCCCGGGCGCCACCGUCCUGAAGGCCCGUGCACCGACGGCGCAGCACUUGCGUGUAGGCGCGGCAGAGCCGCCCCCGACCGACGCGUGGUUCGAGCUGCUCAUGCUCGCGGUCUCGUUCGCCGUCGGCGAGGCGAUCGCGCACCACCUCUGGGCGCCGGCCCUCUCGCGCCGCGCCGCCGCGCGAGCCGAGGCGACGGCAGUCGCUCUCUCAGACAGCAAGGCCGUAUGCCCGGUUCGGCUCGCGCGGAUUGUGGCUGUUGGCGUGCCGGUGGCGGAAACGCUGGAGUGACACGCACCAUCCCAUCCAGAUCCGCACCGAUCAGCCAUCAGUCCAGUUCUCGAGUCGAGAGAUCAGACUCUCUCUUCAUGUUAAGCGCAAAAGUGGACGUGCAACCCA